UUCAAAAAUGGCGACGAUGGCAACUGACGGCUGUUUAUUUUUGUUUCAGUUUAAUUCGUAAAUCCUAAAAAAAUUUUUAUGAAUGCGUUUUUGGUUAUGUGCGUACAUGAGAUUGCCGAGUAACUAAAUUAAUACUCUAAAAUGCUAUACAAUGUUUGUGACAUCUGUUCGUCCUUUAAUGUUCAUCGAACUAAACGCCAUAGAAAAGUUGUAAUUUGUAGAUCAUUCUGAAAUCCCACUUCUACCAAAUAUGAUCCAUGUUGAAUAUGACACUCGUUCACUGUACGCAGAUUUUAGUUUGUCAUCAUCCAUAACGGUUAGUUUGUCAAUGUAUUGAGUCGGGUGAAAGUAGCACAUGUUUCCCCGUUAAAGGUGGAACAGGUUGUUAAAGCAGAAAGAUGGACCUUCAGGAUGCUGGGAGCAGCGGCACUAGAGAACAUCUUCUCUCCAGGAUCGCUCUCAAUGAUAAUAAGGCUGGUAUGGAAGGACUGGACAGAGACAAGAUCAACAAGAUCAUUCUGGAGGCCUCCAAGGGAUCUAAAUUUUAUGAGAAUGAACUAAAAAAGGAGCGACAGGUGAAUCAGCGUAUCGAAAGGAUGAUGGAGCAAAAAGCAAAAAUCUCUAAAGAACAAAUGCAGCAAGCACAAGCAGAGUCAACCUCCAAUUACCAUGCUAGGAGAUUUGGUGUCCGUGCUGCCAUGCCUGGCUUUAUUGCUAAGAAGCUCUGCCCAAACCUUGUCAUCAUGCCCAUCAACUUUGACAAAUACAGAGCCGUGAGUGCUCAGGUACGGGAGAUCUUUUCAGACUACGAUCCUCAUUUUAUGCCUAUGAGUCUGGAUGAGGCUUAUUUGGACAUCACUGAGCACCUGGAACAGCGGAAGCACUGGCCUGAGUCCAUGAGAACACAUUGCAUGAGUGGUGCCAAGAAAGGUGCAUUACUGAGAAUUGAGAAUGAUGCAGACAGGUCUAGGGUUGAGUCACAGAUAGAUGGACUGUCCCCUGUGCUGUUUGUGGAGAGUCCCAGCUCCUCUCCCACUUUGUGUGGGGCCAGUGGAAAAGCAGAAGUGUUUGGAAGGAGUGCAGAGGAGGCUGUGAGGGAAAUGCGCUUUCGUAUUGAGCAGAAAACAUCUCUAACAGCCAGUGCAGGCAUUGCCCCAAACAUGAUGCUUGCAAAAGUAUGCAGCGAUAAGAACAAGCCCAAUGGCCAGUACAGAAUUCCUCCUGAGAGACAACUUGUGAUGGAUUUUAUCAAAGAUCUUCCAGUCAGAAAGGUAUCUGGUGUUGGAAAGGUAACUGAGAAGAUGCUGGCUGCUUUAGGUAUCGUCAGCUGCUCCCAACUUGGCCAGCAGAUGGCGCUAUUAUCCCUGCUUUUUUCGGAAACAUCAUGGCAUCAUUUUCUUCACAUAUCUCUGGGUUUGGGCUCCACGUUUAUUGAGAGGGACUCAGAAAGAAAAAGCAUGAGCACUGAGAGGACUUUUGGGGAGAUGAGCGAUGCAGAGGAGCAGUAUUCUGUAUGCAGGGAACUCUGUCAUGAUCUAGCACAGGACUUACAGAGGGAGGGCCUCAAGGGCAAAACUGUUACUUUGAAGUUGAAGAAUGUAAAUUUUGAGUUGAAGACCAAAGCGUUUACGCUGCAGUAUGCUGUCUACACUGAGGAGGAGAUCUUUGCUGCUGCGAAGGACCUUCUCAAAGUUGAGAUUGACAGUGUCAGCCCUCAGCCACUAAAGUUGAGACUUAUGGGAGGGAAUGAACAUGAGGCAUUGUGAUCCACACUGAUAUUGUGGAUCACACUGUUGUUGACCUGCAAAUG